AUGGGAUUUCAAGAUGACAAUUCUCCAUCCGUCGUUGUCGUCGUCGAUACUUCUACGAGAUCGAAUGCCGGAACGGUCAAAGUUGAGACCCAGACCAAUACUGUUCGCGCGAAACAGACGCCGCCGCCGCCGCCACCGCAGUCGUCUUCCGAUAGCACUCCUGUCGGUGCAGUAGUGGGUGGUGUUGUCGGUGGUGUCGUUGGCCUUGCGCUCCUGCUGCUACUUGCUUGGCUACUAUACCGGCAUAUUCGCAACCGGAAAACCACGCGCGCGCUUGAUACAGCGUAUGCUGUGGCCGGUGUCGGUGGAGGAGGCGUCGACCGCCGUGCACGCACGCGGGGAAACGAUACAGAGAACCCCGAUAUGCUGUGGCACAAUUCAUUUGGGUCGGUCCCGCUUGUCGUGCCAGUUGGAGGCGCCGACCCCGAGAUUGACUAUGCAUACCGUAACAGUUCACAAACGUCUCCACCACAGUCGCUGCCUUCGGAUCCUAAGCUAAGCAGUCGUAUGUGGCCCCACCAACCCGGGCCUGCGGCUGUGGAAAUGCAGCGUAUGCAGAGCGGUGGCGCGUACGCGCAAGACAGCGCCUCGCAUAAAACGUCCGUUCGAAGCAGGCAGAGUGAGCUCGCUGCGCCGAUGGCGGAAUGGAGUGCAUUGGCGCCGGCAUUCACGGAUGUACCGGCCAUGGGCGAGCCGUUAGAGACAAGCGAGCAGGCGGACGUGCAUAACGAGUCAGCCCCAGAACGAGCGCCUGUAAUGAUCCACGCGCCGAGUCGCCAGCCCAGCUCUGUGUCGGUGCUCCAAUCCCCAUCUUCUGCGUACAUGUGGCUUCCAGCGCGUGAUUGGCAAGAAGAGGAGAAUGUUGGGCGUCCAGAAGAGCAGAUUCCUUCAGGGACGCAAGACGCCGAGGAAGAGCAGAAGCUCAGCUCCCAGCUCUGGCGCACGAACGGCGCGCUUCGUGUUGCCAACUAG